AUGAGUAAUAACCAGAAAUUACAGCAGGCAUUGAGAUCCCUGAAUCCGUUACAGUAUGCUGCCGUCACAUCCGACGCCGAGUCACUUCAAAUCGUGGCAGGCCCCGGAUCAGGGAAAACAAAAGUUCUGACUUGCCGAGUUUCGUAUUUGAUUUUUGAGAAAAAUAUUAAUCCUUGCGACAUUAUUGUCGUUACUUUCACUAAAAAGGCUGCUACAGAACUCCAAGAACGCUUGAAUGCCCUGAUUGGGUCGAGCAAAGCUGCGCAAUUACAGAUCGGUACUUUCCAUAGCAUUUGUAUCUCAAUUCUUCGUCGCAAUGCCAGAUUGGUCGACAUGAAACCUAAUUUUAAAGUCAUAGACGAUCGAAAAAGGUACGAUGAACAUUUACCCAUAAAGUAUGGAGGCAGACAAAUUAAAGCGGAUGUCAUUUUGGCGGAAAUAGAAAAUGCAAAAGAUAGAGGAGAGAAUUACAUCAAGUUUCUCAAUCUGUAUAGCGGUGGAACCUCUGAGUAUAUGUCCUACAUUUCCAUCUAUUACAUGGCUUAUGAAGAAGAAUUAAGGCGACAGAACGUUAUGGAUUUCGGCGGAUUAGUAUUAAAAACUUGUGAAUUAUUGAGGUUGAAAGACAGUAUCUUUUAUAAUGUUGAUUGUAUAUUGGUGGACGAGUUUCAGGAUACAAGUACAUCUCAAUAUGCCCUUAUCGUGCUUAUAUUAUCACAGCUUGGCCAGAGAACGGUUACAGCUGUCGGUGAUCCUGAUCAAGCUAUCUAUGGUUGGAGAGCUGCCAAAAGUAGAGUUUUUGAAGCAAUGCAAGACGAUUAUCCAAAAACCAAGGUGAUCAACCUGGAAGAAAAUUAUCGUAGUACCUCCAUGAUAGUCAGAUCUGCAAGUCAUGUCAUCGUCCAAGAUUCAAAACGUAUGGAUAAGGCACUUUAUACCAAUAAUCCUACUGGUAUUCCGAUAUCAUUAAUUACAACUACAGACGAGAAAAGACAAGCUGAGUUUGUUGCUUACGAAAUUGGCAAGCUCAUCAACUAUUCCAAGGGAUUGGUCCAGUACAAAGAUAUAGCUAUUCUUAUGAGAGCCAAUUAUUCCUUUCGACAAUUUGAACGUACAUUUCGUGUACAUAAAAUUCCUUUUCUUCUUGUAAGUGGAGAUAGAUUUUUUAACCGCAUGGAGAUUAGAGAUAUGCUUGCCUAUCUUCGUUUUGGAUCCGAUCCAUACGAUGUAACAUCGUUUGCUAAAAUCAUCAAUGUCCCUGAAAGAAAUAUUAGAAGAGUCACAAUCAACCGUAUCUUGUCUAUGACUGAAUCUUUUGGAGUGGACCUAAUUGAUGCUAUUGAUAUACUUUUGCGCGAAGAAAAGCAGACAGCAGCUGCAGAUCGAAAAGAACUCUCGAGGCUCUUGGAAAUAUGUCGUAGUAUUCGCAAGAAAAUUAUAGCAGAGGAACAUAUAGCUGAAAUCCUAAAGUUUAUUUACAAGGAAACAAAUUACUACCAACAUUUAACUCAGCAUUAUCAUUAUGAUUAUAUUGUGCGGUGGAAAAAUUUGGGCGAGCUGGUGACAAUUGCAGGAAGUAAAAAGGAGAUGGAUGAAGCUUUUUUUGAAGCUUUUGUCAAAGGAGAGUUGUUAUCGGAGACAAAACCUCAGGAAGAAUCAUUAGUACAGACUGUGUGGAAUGAUAGUGAGGUUCCAUGUAUACCAAAAGAAGAAGAUUCAGACUUAAAUAUACGUUUAAAAGAAGAAUUCCAAACAUUAUCGCUUCUUGAGUUUGAAUCUACUCAGGCUCAUGAAUCUGAUACAACGCAGUUUUUAAACUACUGCAAUUCUUGCAAGAACCAAAAGUUCCAAAAAGAAACUGAUGGCGGCUCGGUCACUUUAUCUACCAUUCAUGCCGCUAAAGGUCUGGAAUGGCCAUGCGUAUUUAUUGUCACAUGUGCUGAAGGAGUGAUACCUGCAAAUGGGGAUCGUGAUGAAGAAAAGAGAAUUCUGUAUGUUGCAAUGACUAGAUCAAAAUUCUUACUAUAUUGCGUAACACCCUUAAAACUGGGAGAUUGGGGGUGCCAAAAGCAGGUACCAAGAACACCAUUCCUGGAAGAUAUGGACAAAGAUCUUUAUACGGAAUCCUCUCCUAUUUGGAACCAAGAGCUACGUAAAAUGUUUGCUGAAACUAUACAUAGGCCAACACCAAAGGAUGAAGAUUUUUUAAGAGACUCCAACUUACCAAAAAACACUAGCUCUCAGCCGCUACCAGGAUCAAUGGCGCCAGUAACACCGACUCAUACAUCAAGCUCUGGGAGUGGGUUCCAAUUCUAUCAACCCUAUUCAUCAUCGACCCGUUCGAAGACCAAUACAACUACAGUUCCGACUUAUAAUACAUCAUUUGAUGCAAAAAGCCAUACUUCAAUUCAAGGCAUAACUAUAUCUUUUUCGGGACUGAAGAGAGUUCGUGAUAUGGGAGAAGAGGAGAUCGAUCUUACAAAUAUUAAAAAGGAGCCUAGGUUUGAAGACAUUUGA